AUGUCAAGCGACAAAUCAACAAGGUCGGUAAAGAAGAAGAAGAAGAGCACAAAGGCAUUGGUGAAGCGUCUAAUAGGCGUUGUGGCUGACUUAACUUCUAAAGUAGACCGUCUAUUACAGAAAAAAGAUAAACCAGAUACAGGGUUUAGUGAGGAGGAGGACAUGGUAAAUGAAGAGGAGGAAGAAACAUAUUACCAUGGUACAGAGUUGCAUUAUGAUGAUACAUUUACUCAUGAUUUGGAGGGGGAAGUUGGGCAUACACCUACGGGGCAAUAUGUUGAGCAGUCACCGGAUGUGGGUCAACAUCACAAAAAAACAGUCACUCCUAUUGUUAGGCCGCAACGAAUGAGGGGUCUUUCACGGUAUCAACGGACGUCGUUCAAAGUGGUUCUAUUCCUCAUAAACGUUAUUGGUGUCCAUUGGUUUUUGGCAGUGCUACAUUUAAAUACGUGGAAAGUAAACAUUUAUGAUUUAGCACGAUCUAUGAAUUUUUUCUCAAAGUACAAGAUUGGUGCAGAAUUCAAAAAUUUUGGGGAUAAUAUUAUCUCAGAGCUAGAUGUGAUUGAGUACUGGAACGAUUUCCCCGAUGGACACAGAGACAAUGUAAUUGUGGAGUUUGUUGAAGCUAUAGACGCGCCACAGUAG